CCGGACGACAUAUACAACUUGGACGUCCUCAACGACCUGAGAUUUCGCAAUGCCGCCGGCUGUGGUACAAUACGCUAUCCAGGGCAUGCCGCCCUCGCUGCAAUGGCCGGUGAAAACGUGCAUAUACACAACAGCUACAUGCUAUGUCUUGUCAAUCAUAACCGGGAACGUCUCGCAAGUUGACCGCAUAUGGACGUUCAUGCCAACCAUCUAUACGGCAUACUUCGCUUUGCUGCCACUCUGGCCACGAGAGUCGCCGUUGCCCCUGUUCCCCUUCACGCCGAAGGGCGUUCAUCUCAGCAUUGCGACGCACUGGAACCCCAGAACACUGCUUAUGUUUGCACUGCAGUUCGUCUGGAUGUGCAGACUCUCCUAUAACACUUGGAGACGGGGCCUGUUUAGCCUUCACGAGGAAGACUAUCGGUGGGCCAUCCUGCGACGCAAGGUUCCAUCCUGGUUAUUCCAGGUAGUCAACUUAACAUUCAUAGCCAUCAUUCAAAAUAUCAUCCUCUUUGUCUUGGCGAUUCCUACAUAUAUCGCGGUGUUCCAGGAACCCACCUGUCUCAGCACGUCCGAUUACGUCCUUGGCGCGCUCUCGCUCACCGAUCUCGCGCUGGAAUUUGUUGCUGAUAAUCAGCAGUACUCCUUCCAGACGUACAAGCAUACUGGCGUUGUGGAGACAAAUCCCUGGCCUGGCGCGAACAUCAAAUGGACACCCGCUGAGGUAAAGCGCGGGUUCGUCACCAGGGGCCUCUGGGCAUGGUCAAGACACCCCAACUUCCUGUGCGAGCAGAGCUUUUGGGUUCUCAUGACCCUCUUCCCGAUCCUGGCACCCGAGUCGCCAGCAUUCGAGGCGCGCGGGAGCACACCUUGGACGUCGCUUCUCCCUCUCACACCCGCGCUCGUCUUGUGCAUGCUCUUCUUCUCAUCAACUCUCUUCACGGAGUCGAUCUCGUACACGAAAUAUCCCAAGGCAUACGGCGCUUACCAACAGCGCGUCGCGAUGUUCGUGCCAUUCUUGACUCCAGUGUGGGGCUUCUUCCUGCAGCUGCAGGGAAAGAAAGCGGAUGUGGAUGCGCUGCUGUUUGGCCACGAUGUUAAGCUCGUGGAGGAGAAAACCAAAAUCGAUUGAAAGGAGAGCAUGCUUUUCGAACCUGUUAAGCUCCAUAUUCUUUACAGAUUUCCGAAAUGUUUUUCGUGCACUCACGAUUGAGCAUGUGGAUUGGUGUUGUACAAUUUUCCUUCUUUUCUUUGUGUAGUAAGACUCGAAUAAUAUCAUGGCAGCACGCCAAUUCCCCCGUACCUCCUCACGACCCCGUCAUCUCCCGCAGUCCACACCGUUCCCGGUGCUGGACCAACUCUUACGCUGCGUACUGCAUCACAGUCCGUGCCAAUGAGCUCCACUAGGACUGAGGGUCCCUCGGGUCUGACAUGGGCGACGUAUGGUAGACCGUCUUCAGCUGCUAUUACCAAGCCGACUUCGGUGUUUCCCGCGGUUUGUGAGAGCGAGAUAAACGCAAGGUCCUCGAUGGACGCGCCGUUCCGCUGGAAGGCUACCAAUGGCACACUGAGCGACCGCGUGUCGUAGACGUUCACGACGCCUGACCCAGAGCCGGCUGCGACAAGGUUGUGUGCCGGCGAGUACGAUAUCGAAUUCAACGGCGCGCCGGAGCCGACCACCUGGGAGUGGAACAUAGAUAGCUUCGUCCCGAGGUCGAAUACCUGGAACGUCCCGUUCGAAAGCGCGGCGAACACGACUUUAUCCGUUGUCUCGACCUCGCGGGGGUCGAGUGACACAGGCGUCGCGCCCGCCUCGCCAUCGGGUGGCGCAACGAAUGCGCCUUCACCGCGCUCGCCGAAGCUCAUUGCGAGCACGGGUUUGAAGCCCGCGGCGCCCAUCAUCCGGAUCUGCGCCCCCGAGGAGACGUCCCAAAGCCGGAGCGUCCCAUCCUUCGCGCCCGAGAGGAUCGUGCGUCCGCGUGCGACGAUGCCCGUUGCGGUUAUUGCGUGGGUGUGGC